AACAUUUCUAUGAAAUUCUGCAGUAGUGGAAUCUGUUUUUAAAUGGAGGCUUGGCAUUCGAAAAGUCCUCCUUUCCCACUGAAAAGCCUUUUCCUACACGAAACAAACUUAAACAAAUUGCUCUUUCAAAAUGAAUGAUUAAAAUUUUAUUUUUAAUCAUCGAAUUUUCUUUUCACUUGGAAUUCUUGGAUUCGUUUCCAAUCCAGCUUUCAAUCUAAAGAUUUUCUCACCCUGUGAUGUUACAAAGUACCAGUAGUGUCAUAUGCGUAAGUAAAAGGAAUGGGGGGUUGCUGCUGUUGUUCUUCUAGAGGAGUUGAAAAUAGUGCACCAGCAGAUUAUUGUAGCACAAGAGCCUCAGAUAGGCAUGUUCCUUUAUCUUCUUGCAAUGCUACCGCCUCUGCCCUCUCCACUGGGCUGCUGGUUGACACAAAUCUUGAGGUAUCAGUUCCUGAUGCUUAUCGAUCUCCUCCUGCUCCAAUUCCAUUUGAUGCAGCUUUAGGACAUCCUCUAACUCCUUCAGCUGCUCAAGGAAUUCAUAGCAGUAAGAGCGAUGAAGCAGUGCAAACAACAAAUUUUGGUUCUGGCCAAGAAACAGUUGCUGUAAACACUCAAGAGACUUGUAUAAAAUCUGAUGAUGCAAAGGAAUUGGACUGCAAAGCACAAGAUACUACUGAAAACGAAUCUUCAAAAGAGCUAGAAAUAGAACUUUCAAAACCAGUUGGAUCAAUCGUGCCUACAAAGGAGGAGGAAGAUUGUUGUCCAACCUGUUUGGAAGAAUAUGAUGAAGAAAAUCCAAAAAUUAUCACAAAAUGCGAGCAUCAUUUUCACCUUGCAUGUAUCUUUGAAUGGAUGGAAAGAAGUGAGACAUGUCCUGUGUGUGAUAAGGAAAUGAUAUUUGACUUGCCCACCAAUUAGUUUCCUGGUUUUGGACUCAGCUUCGGCUGCUAGAACUUAAGUUUUGUUGCAAAGGUUACAACUUACCAAACCCUUCAGAAUUUCAGUUUUACUCCCCCCUGGCAUUCGUCAUCAUAUAUUUAGUGGCUCCUGCAGAUUUGGCAAAGUUCAGUUUUGAAUUUCUUUUCCUUCAUCCCCCCCCUUUCCUUCUUUCAUUUUAUAAAGGAGUCUUGGUCUCAUUGUGCUUUCACCCCUUGGAAACUUUUGAAAUUGAAUAGAGAAAGAAGAAAGAAAUACAGAAAAAGUAUCACAGAAACAAGUUUGAUACCAUUUUAAAGUUCAAUACUUGAUGGCCUAUGCCUGAGGGAAUACAAUGCUGUUAUCCUGUUUUGUAGUGCCUUGUUUGUACAGAGCUGCUCAGCAGCACAUUAACUCUUUCUUCUCUCAUUCAUUCAUACAUACACACAUGCAUGCAUGCAUACAUAUACAUACAUAUCUUUUUUAUUAGUCUGGAAACUCGGAUCUUCUGAACCAAUGAUUGUCUGCUUUUGGGGGGGUUACUUCUGUAAGUGUCAUGUGUUUACAAUCAUCUCCAGUUCAUCUUUAUGUGCAAAAUUUGUUUGAUGGGUGGGACUGGAUGUGAUAAUGAGUUUGUGAACUCCUUAGAAUGAUGGGAAUUUUGUUUCUUUUAUUUUGUGUAAAUAAUUUUCCUUAUUAAGAGACAGGAGGGGAUAAACUGAGUAGCCAUUUCAUUUUGUAUAUAACAUGAUUCGUGCCCAUAUAUAUAAAAAUUUGAUUGAAGGUA